AUGAGUGACCUGAAAGCCACCGUCAACACUACCGAGAACGGUUUUGCCGUCACUGGCAAUGAAGAAAUCAAGUACUCUUUCCAAUUUGUCGACAACAUUUUCGAUCUCAAACACAAUCACCUUGCGAAGAUAUACGCGGACUGGAAGAGAGUUCUCCUUGUCACCGACGAGAAUGUCAACCAUCUUUACUCUGCGCAGUGGUCAGCUUACUUCGAGCAUCAUGGCAUUCCCCUUACCACCUUCGUGAUGUCGGGUGGCGAGAAGAACAAGACCAUGGCAACGAUGCUCUCUAUAGUCGAUGCUAUGGACGCAUUUGGGCUCGUCCGCAAGGAGCCAGUCUUGGUCGUCGGAGGUGGAUUAUGCACCGACGUCGCCGGAUACGCCUGUGCUUCUUACAGACGUAACUCCAACUUCAUCCGCGUGCCGACUACGCUCAUCGGGCUGAUUGAUGCAAGCGUCAGCAUUAAAGUUGCUGUCAACCACGGUAAUCUCAAGAACCGUCUCGGGGCCUACCACGCGCCCUUGAUUACCUUCCUAGAUUUUAAUCUGCUGAAGACGCUCCCGGAGGGCCAGGUCCGGAAUGGCUUCGCUGAGUUAAUGAAGAUCUCGUCCUGCGCCGACAAGAGGAUUUGGGAACUCCUGGUUCAGAACGGUCCUGCUUUGAUCGAGACUCGAUUUGGCCGUCUUGAAGGUUCCGACCCUGCUAUGAAAGUAAUCGCCGACGAAAUAUGCUGGAGGGGAAUCAAGGUCAUGCUCGACCUAGAGUCACCGAACCUCCAUGAGUUGGGCCUGGAUAGGGUCAUUGCCUUCGGCCACACUCUUUCCCCGACUUUGGAACUUGCCCCCGUCGUACCUCUUCGUCAUGGGCAUGCUAUCAAUAUCGAUAUGGCGUUCUUUGUGACCUUUGCUUGGUACCGUGGCUUGCUCAGCGAAAGCGAGAGAGACGAAUACCAUGUGCUCUCCCAUUCCGUGGGCUUGUCCAUGGAUCACGAGCUGUUUACCGAGGAGAUGAUCAUCAGCGGGACUAAGGCCAUCUUGAAAACCCGCGACAACAAGCAAAGGUUCGCAAUUCCGAACCCGUACGGCACUUGCAUCUUCAUCAACGACGCCUCCUACGACGAGCUCUUCAAGGCAUUGAAGAUCCACAAGGAACUCGUUAAGCAGAAGUACGGAGGAGGACAUGGUCGUGAUGUAUGGUUUCCAAAACUCGCUUGA